CGAUUUUUCGGUUAUAACGGAGAAUUCGUAUUUGGGAUAUUUUUGUUAUAAAGGAACCGCCGUUUCGAAUUUUCAGGGUUGUAUUGUGUGUGAUUCGGUAACCAUUUAGUUUAUGUAAACUUGGGUAUAUCCAAUUCCAGUCUCCAAGUUCCAGAAGGAUUGUUGGAGGUGUUCCUCUUCCUCUGUUGUGUUUCAGAUACUCUGUUUAGUGUCAAUGUCUCUUCUCUCAUUUCUUGUAAUCCCCUCUUGUUUCUCUAUUUCAGUAGAAGAAGCUCUCAUGGUGAUCUGAGUUGCUUACAAGUUUGUUUAAAAUCCAAUUCAGUCUCGUUGCUACAGUUAUACUCAAAGAUGGUUGCAUUCGGGAAGAAGUUGAAAGAAAGGCAAAUUCAAGAAUGGCAAAGGUAUCAGGAUCGGAUACUAGCUCGACAACAGAUCGGUGGUACAAAAACCAGGGAGGGCAAAUAUUUAAAAAAUUUAUCGCAACUUUGGGAGCAAAAGUGACUGAUCCGGGCCGAUAUGGCCGAUCAGUAUCGGUAUUGCCACCGUGAACUAAAUCCUUGCAUGUUGCCAACUUUGAUAGCACUUAGUUGAUGAAAAUCUGAAAGUUUCCUUUUCUAAUUGUAUGUGGCAUCUAUAUCACUAUGCAUUCCACUCUACUAUAAUUUUGUGACUACAGUAUGGACAAUUUACUUCCAUGGCAUUGUCAUUCACUUCAAUCAUUGAGCGGCAAAUGUUGAUAGGUACUACAUCAACUACAAAUUAAUGAAGAAGAAAGUGAAGCAGUAUGCUCAACAAAUUGAGGUUGGAGCACAAGAUCGCCGUCAUGUUCUCAUGGAAUUCUCCAGAAUGCUGGAUAAUCAGAUUGAAAAGAUUGUUCUGUUUAUCUUGGAACAACAAGGGCAACUUGCAAGCAGGAUAGCCAAGCUUAAUGAACAGCAUGAGGCUCUUCUACAGCAGCCAGAAACAUCCCAAAUAGCUCAACUGCGAGAAGCGUUCAGAGAAGCGGGACAGGAUCUUUUAAGGCUUCUAUUUUUUGUUGAGAUGAAUGCUAUUGGCCUGCGUAAGAUACUGAAGAAGUUUGAUAAACGCUUUGGGUUUAGAUUCACUGAUUAUUAUGUUACAACUCGUGCAAAUCAUCCUUAUUCCCAGCUGCAGCAAGUGUUCAAACAAGUGGGAAUUGGGGCUGUUGUAGGAGCCCUUUCUCGCAAUCUUUCUGAUCUUCAAGACUGUCAUGUGAGCUACUUAUCAAUUUAUGAUCAGCCAGCACUUCCUUCUCAGGAUCCUGUUAUUGAAUCAAUUAAAGCGGCAGUAGACAGGUUAAAUCAUUCCACAAACUUCCUUCGCUUUCUGGGACAGCAUGCACUUAUUAUGCAAGACGAGUUACCAACUCCAGUAGAGGAUCAAAUUGAUGAUGAAAGUUAUCAUUUCAUGUCACUUCUUUUGAACUUAGCAAACACCUUCCUUUAUAUGGUCAACACAUAUAUUGUUGUUCCAACAGCGGACGACUACUCACUAAGCCUAGGAGCUGCAGCAACAGUUUGUGGUGUUGUUAUUGGGUCCAUGGCUGUUGCACAAGUAGUUUCUUCAUUAUAUUUCAGUGCAUGGUCGAAUAAAUCGUACUUCAGGCCUCUUAUAUUUAGCAGUAUCAUUCUUCUUUUGGGAAAUAUAUUAUAUGCAUUGGCUUAUGAUCUUAAUUCGAUUGCAGUUCUUAUUACUGGUCGUCUAUUUUGUGGGUUGGGUUCUGCAAGAGCUGUGAACCGGCGUUACAUCAGUGAUUGUGUGCCUCUUAAAAUACGAAUGCAGGCUUCUGCAGCUUUUGUGAGCGCUAGUGCUCUUGGAAUUGCCUGUGGUCCUGCUCUUGCUGGCUUGCUUCAAACUAAUUUUAAGAUUUACAAGUUAACAUUUAACGAAGAAACCUUACCUGGUUGGGUUAUGGCACUGUUAUGGAUCUUCUAUUUAGUGUGGUUGUGGAUUUCUUUUAAGGAACCUGCUCGUAAGACUGAAGUGACCAAUGUACAACAGGAAGCUAGUACUCGACCAGCAGAAAAUGAUGCACUGGAAAAUGGCCUUGCACAACCUUUGCUUUUAAAUUCAGAAGACAAGCAACAAGAUGAAGAUGGUGACCAAGAAUGUGAUGGUAGUGAAGAAGCUUCUGAGGAAUCACACAGACCAGCUGCUUCGAUUGCAUCAGCAUAUCGUUUGCUUACACCAUCAGUAAAGGUGCAGUUAUUAACUUACUUCAUGCUGAAAUAUGCUAUGGAGAUAUUACUUGCUGAAUCUAGCGUCGUUACUACUUAUUACUUUAAUUGGUCAACUAGCACAGUUGCAAUAUUUCUUGCCUGUCUUGGGCUUACGGUACUUCCAGUAAACAUUGUUGUCGGAAGUUACAUUAGCAACAUGUUUGAAGACAGGCAAAUUUUACUGGCAUCAGAAAUUAUGGUAGGGAUAGGCAUAUUCCUAAGUUUCCAUGUAUUAGGUCCAUAUACCGUACCACAAUAUGUCUGCUCAGCACUCAUCGCAUUUGUGUCUGCUGAAGUUCUUGAAGGUGUCAACCUAUCGCUCUUAUCUCGGGUCAUGUCAUCCAGGCUUGCUCGUGGGACCUACAAUGGUGGACUACUUUCAACGGAAGCUGGUACAAUCGCUCGGGUAGUUGCUGAUAGCACGAUAACGCUGGCCGGGUACUUGGGGACGAAUAGGCUCUUGAACAUAACCCUAAUUCCUGCACUCUUCAUUUGGAUAGCCUCUAUUGUUGCCACAUGCUACACCUACAACUCUCUCUACUGAUCAUAUCUCUUGUUCGCCCAGUCAAAUUGUGGUUCCCUAUUCUUUCUCAUAAGUAGUUUUUUUUUUUUGGCCUUUUUCCUUGUAUGUCAUGCUGUAUAGUUUACUUGCAGUCAAUUUUUAGAUUUAGAAGAUAUAAUUUCUCAUGCAGAUUUUAUGAAAGCCUUUUUUUAUUGCUUUUGUCAUGGAGAAAGUCGCCACCAAGGGUGAAGUUUCUGUCUUCAUCCACCAUAAUUGGAUUCCUGGAGGGUGUUUCAUCGUUAAACUUCCACUCCCUAUUGUAUGUAAUCGAUGUAACUUGAAGAUCGAAAAUCAUAUCCAAAACACCAAGAUUGACUUAGAGGAUGAUUACUUCUUUA